CGCCCCCAGCAUGGAUACAACCAGCAGGAACAGGCGCUCGGGAGACACGUUCACUAUGCUGGAGAGUGUUUGAAGCCGCGAUGGGAGUUAACGCAUCCAAGUUUGCAGAGGUCCUGUCACCAGCUCCGUUGCACUAAUCAAAGACUUCGGGUUUCUAAAAAAAUGUUUUUCCUCUGAGGGAGCUUGUCUGCAUUUUUGUUCGAGGCGUUUCUCUCACAGGAUGUUGACAAUAUUGGAAAGCCGGGUAAGAUCAUAAAGUCAGUUCUCUCUGAUGAGAACGACCUCCUACACACCACCACACAAAGGGAACCACGGAACAAGUUUUUUUUUCUCACGCCAUCGUUUUUUAUUUUUUGAAUGUCAUUAAGAAGCAGAGGGGGCUGUUUCAAAGACAAAAUGGAUCACUUUGCAGCGGAGUGCCUUGUUUCAAUGUCCAGUCGUGCAAUUGUUCACGCUCCUAAAGGGAAUAGGGAGAUUAAACCAGAAACCCCGUCCUCCUCUAAGAACGGAGAGGAAAUGAAAGAACCUUUAAUAAUGAAAGACAACUCCUCUCUUUUUGUUGUGGCGCGGAUUCUGGCGGAUUUUAACCAGCAGACUCCCAACAAUGUUGCCGAGCAGGCAAAAAUCAAGGAUGAGAGCAUGCCGAACCUCAUAGAUGAUGGAAACUCUGCCACACCUACCACCAUCUCCGAUCCGUCGCUCAAACAAAGAGGCAAAAGAUCGCGAGGUCGAAUUGAGCAAGAAUCACCUCAGAAAAAGCACAAAUGCCACUAUUCAGGUUGUGAAAAAGUUUAUGGCAAAUCAUCCCACCUCAAAGCUCAUCUAAGGACACAUACAGGAGAACGGCCAUUCCCAUGUACUUGGCCCGACUGCAGUAAGAAGUUCGCCCGGUCAGAUGAGCUGGCACGCCACUACCGCACCCACACGGGGGAGAAGAAGUUUGGGUGCCCGCUUUGCGACAAGCGCUUCAUGCGCAGCGACCACCUCAUGAAGCACGCACGACGCCACUCAGAUUUCCAGCCCGGCAUGCUGAAGAGGCCCCAUGGCGGCAGCAGCGGCAGCAGCGGCAGCACCACACGUCCCAGCUCCCUCAGCGACUACAGCCGCUCGGAUGCCUCCAGCCCCACCCUCAGCCCCGCCCUCAGCCCAGCCAACUCGCCUUAAACUUAAACCCAGUCGCACUUUCUGCCUCUGAUCUGCGAGGCCUGUGUUUUUGUCCUAACACUUGUGUUGCACAGUUGUCAGCAACCCCCCUUUGCUAUUCCUGCGCUUGCUGUGGUGUACCAUACUGUACAUAACUGCUUAUUGUAGUGCAAUUACUUGUGUGAUCCUAAAAGAAGGUAAUGCCUUUCCCAGACGGCAAUAUUUACAUUCUGUACCAUAUGUCUGUAUUUUUUUAGAUUCUGAUCAUGGCUAGUUGUCCAAUGUAUGUUCUCAGUCAGCUAAACAAGGUUUAGAAGAAAAAACAGACACCCUGACAAGUCAUAUCAAAAUGGGGUUUUCUUUGAUUUUUUUUAACGGGUGUGGAGAAGGGGUACACACACACACACCUCAGGAUUGAAGACAGUUGCUAUUUCUGUAAUACCACAGUACUUCACAGUACUCACAUUGACUGCACAAUAUACUCAUCACUUUACUCUGAAAUUCAACAGGGGGUUGAAUUUUACGCCCUGCUCAGGGAUGGCCUUGUUAGCUUGAAAGAAUGAACACGGUGAAGAGAAACAUACAGUACAUAUAUAGCAGCCUUACACUCAACACAAUUUUGCACUCUUUGUUUUUUUUUUUUUUGUCAAGAAAACUAGCCCUUCGGUCAUAUGGUCAAUCGUACACAGAACUCAUGUCCUCGUGCUCUGGGUGGGGGGGGGGGGGGGGGGGGGGGGGGGGGGUUCAUAUGCAAUGCAAUUGCUGUGUGUUAACAAGACAAUCCCCAAACCUUCACCUCAGUAAAGAAAAUACAUCUGUUCCUCCAUUGCAACGUCGACAUUCAGUUGCCAUUACACUGGGUUGAAUAUGUAUUUCAUUAGACAGCGGUGUGCAGUAUAUACUGUGUAAAUCUGCAUGGUGGGAGGAUCAGGGUUAUAUUGGGUGAACAGUUUUACUCAGUUUAAGAAACUUUGUAGCCUUUAAAUAGAGACAGUUAAGUUUUAAAGCAGCUGUUCGUGUUUUUUUUUAUUUUUUGAUGUGCUAUAUCAUCAUCCAGUAUUUCACGCAAAAUGGACACAAAGACGACUUUAGUUAAAACAAUAUCUAUCCCUCUCUGAAGCACAUAGGAAAAAGUACCAAAGACAAGAGUGAAUGAAAUCUUUCUAUUCAGUCUUGUAAGCUGCCCUUCAUUGAGGCCUGUGGCUGGUGGUUGGCAGUAUCACAGGUAGAACCAGACAGCCUGCUCACUUCCCUCCUCGUGGUUCUGCCUUUUGUGGCCUCCCUUGAGGAAACAGCUGCAUCCCACAAGAAGCUAUUCACAGCCCGCAGCAGGAGUUCUCACAUGCAAUUCCUGGGGCCUGCUCCCUCGCCCAUCUGGCUCUAACUGUCCUGUCAGAGAGUGGCGAACCUCCAACUCUGCCAAAUUGCAUAAGGGGGUUCAAAUGUAGGCCAGAGUGUUGGGCAGAGCUUGGCUGUGCUGGGCUGCGACAUGGUGGAGCACAGAAUGCACAAAGCAGCUAUCUGGAAUAGACAGAGGGCAGGUCCUGAUAGACGAGGAGAAGUUUAUCAUAAACUGAGCAGCACAGAGGAGGAGACACCCAGUCGCAGACACCCCGUCUCCUCCUCCUCCUUCUUCCUCCUUCCUCCCUCCAACUGUAGAAACCGUGAGCAGAAAAAUGGCUGUAAUUAGCGGGUUCGUCCAUCCUGUAGGAUAAGAGUAGAGAGAGAAGUGUAUGAACAACAGUACUACCUAGACAACGCUAGCAGUGUAGGUGGGACGUACCAAACUCCACCCUAAGCACAGGGAGAAAUCCUCUACUACUGCUAGAGAGUCAAAUUUCACAAUGCCAAGGAAAAUGUCGCUCCAAAUUCAUAGUGAUAAAACAGAGCUCUAAAACAGCUGCUUUCAAACUUCUCUCUCGCAACAAGGGGGCUUUUUAAACUGUUGUAAAAACAUUUGAACCAAAACGAACAUAUCGGCAAGGUGCAGUGCUCGCCAGCCUCACGUCGUCCUCCCUGUGAAGCUCACAUGUCCCGUGAGAAAGCUGACUUGUGUUUCUAGACAGACAUGCCUCAAUAAGUCAGGCAAAAGGCACAGUAAACCUUCCACGGAAGCGGGAACCACUAUCAAAACUGCUGCAGCCCAGCCAGUCUGCGUUAUGCCUACAUUUUCUUUUAUUGCUUUGGCACUAUGGCCGGAAAUGGUUGCAUCCAUGUAUUUGGUCCUGUCAGACCCCUCCAGACUGUUGAUGCAUGUGCUAGCUUCAUUCUACCAGCGACUCUUGCCCUGCAGUCCAGUGCUUCACACUAUAUGCAUGUUAACAACUGCGCCUUGGAAGCGUAGAGGGUUUUUGAGGCGAUCUGGCAGGUGUAAGUUCAUGAAUGGCCGGCCUUGUCCCUCGUUCUCCACAGCAGCCAUCUCUCUAUAAAGUUGUGAAGAAUCAGCUCUGUCACAUCCUCCAGAAAGAAAACAUCCCUUAUUUGGAUCAAAUGCAGUAGUUUCCUAAAAACACCACAUGUUUUAAAAAAAACAAAAAAACAACGACCCUCUUUAAUGUUAAAAUAGCUUCCAGGCUGUAAAAUGACACUUUGAAUGCCACUGAUCAGCAGCUCUUUGUGAAAGAAGCACUGAGAGGGUUUUACAUUUACCAUUUCUGGAAAAAAAACAACUUUGAUUUUCAAAAACAAACUCUUCGAAUGGCUGUUGAGCAGCUUUGUGUGGCAUCUAUCGAUGACUUUUUUUUUUUUAGUUGUUGUAGUCAAUUUUUGACUUGGUUUGUAGUGUAACUUUCUCUUGCAAAAAAAAAAAAAAUCUGAGUAGCUCACCCUCAAGCAGGUUUCAUGAAUCCCUUUCUUAAUCCAUCAUUUGUACAUUUACCUCAGGGUCGACAUCCGCAAAGCAGAUAUAUGGGACAGUUUGUGUAUUUUGUUGUAACAUCAGUUGCUGCACAGAAAAUUCUGCCAGCGCACUCCCCCCAGUGUUCCUGGGUGCUUGGUGCUCACUGCUGGUCAGUGUCCGCCCACACUGGAAACACAGGAACGCCUCCUCGCGGGGCCCAGCUCCUGCCUAUUAUGUCUACAUAACAUCCUACUGUCCUGCUAUGUGCCUUAGUAAGCACUGGGCACUCUGGCACUCUUUUCAGUGAAACACCUUUGACCCUUUAGUGUCAGUGGACUUACAGUAGGCAGGAAGCUCCUACCAUCUGAAAAUAAACCGACUGUGACAGUGUAAACAUCCCAGUCUAUCCAUCCAUCCAGACUGCACCAGUCACAUAUAGGCCUCCACAGGCAUGAGUGUCUCAUAACUUUUAUUCUCACUGUACCAAAUCUACUUGAAUAAUUCAACACAAAAGGCCAUUGAACACAGUUUUGUACAUGUCCAUUUUUACUGUACUUGAUUUUGUUGUCAAAUAAUUAUUAACCUCUCUGGAUAACGGUGUAUAGUCUGAUUUAUUUUGGGGUUUUUUUCUAGAUUUUCCAUUGUCUUCAGGUCAUUUCAGCAUCUGUUUCGUAUAUAUCACAGCACAAGGUUGACUGUUGUUGUCGGGCUGUUUAAAGGCACCGUAUUUUGUUAAAAAUUAUACAUUUAUCCCUUUUAUCAGAAACACUUAAUACUCUGUUGAUGUCAGGAUGCAGGUUAUUCCAUUUAGCCUGUUAUCCAAAAAUUCCUCCAAGUCAGAAAACGAAUUGGUUUGGGGUAUUGAACGUCCUGACUUCUAUCUUCGACAAUUUCAGAGAGUGACUAAUUUUCUUUAUUAUUUAGAUUCUUUUGAAAGUUUUCCAUAUGAAUAGAGACCACAGCAUUGUGAGUUAGCAAUGUAGUCAUGAUUUUAUAUUAUUGUUUUAUUUGUCUCAUAUAAAAUGCUUGUAUAUUUUUCAAAAAUCAUACCUCUUGAAAUAUUUGACUUUUGUUGUACCUUCAUAUCUUUUCAAAACAUCCAUCAUGUAGCUUACGUUUGCUUGAUGAGUAGCACAAAUAAUUGGUGGUUUUAUUUGUCCCUACUUGAAUGAAGAAAGAGACUUUUUUUCUGUAAAACUAAAAAACAAACAAAAAAAAAACACUGGGCUAAAUUUUAUAUAAUCAUCCCAUGUUGUCAGGGUCUUGCACAUCCUUGUAGAUUCUAAACGUAAUCUUUCCGGGAAAUAAUAAAACCUUAUUUUUAUUAUUUUAUGUUACACAGAUAUUUAAAACACCCCUCCUCUACUGAGCUCAAUGUAUUUAUCUUAGUUUAAACAUGUUCUACAUGAGGGAUGAUGUCAGCUGUAAUUUACUUUGAAACUUUACUUCAGCAUUUUUUAAUCCUACAUUGUGAUUGUAAUCCCACAUUACAGCUUUGGACAUCUGUCAAAGAAAAUAAAUGACUUUAAUUAAACAACAACAAAAUGGAAAUACAGCAAAAUACAAGGUUUCUACAAGAUGCUAACGGUGUACCAGUUAAUAUUUUUUUCUGCUAAUUGUAAAAUUAUAUUAAAGUUAAUUGGUUGCUGCCUAGUAUGUAAAGAACUAACAUGAAUCUUAUUUUUAAAAAUCCCAUCAAUCACAUGAAUAUAUCACCGAUCAGAUCGUCUCAUCUUCAUGACUGGUCUCAGUGUACAAGCAUGAUCGAUGCAAUUGUGUGCCAAAACUAUAAUGGUAACUUCAUCAAGAUACAAAAGUUGAGGGUAAAAAAAAUCUAGCUACUAUCAGACAUUUAACAAACUUGUACAGUUUUAUAAAGUGUGACAUGUUUUUAUGUGAUGUACAGGAUUUAAAGAAGCAACUCUGCAUAUUUGAUAUGCAAGUGCUCUAAGUUAAAUACUUCUUUUCUGCUUUAUGUAAACAUUUUGAUUGUGUAGCUUUGUCUUCAUUUGGUUCUUUUUAUUUAAUUUGUACUUUGUUUUUUUUGGCUGUACAAUAUUCUAGCAAUGUAUAAUGGCUUAUUGCAGGUAUUUUUUUGACAUAAACAAUCUUAAUGAUGACGAACGCCCAACCAUUCCAAAGGAUUGAAAAUUGCAUUUGCUAUAAAUGUGCUGCUUUCAUGGACCCGAUGCGUUUUUGUAGGUUAUGAAUCGAAGUCUGUCUUGACUGUGAGGUUUUACACAUUGUGCGUUGUGCACAAGGUACGUUUCUCAUUGUCAACAUUUCCCAGUGGUUUAGUCUCUCCUUUCUACUCUGCAGGCUCUAUAGGCUUAGCCAAUUUGAAUGAACAACACACAUGCAAUAUUUUAGUAAGUAUUCUGAUAUGUAAUAUUUAAAAGACAAGGACAUACUGAUGCAUGUCCUCCCUCGUGACAAAGCCCUGAAGCUCGGGAUAUAAUGUUUUAAGAGGCAUGAUAGGAGAGAGAGGUUCUUCAGAGUGAGAAGGAGCUUUGAGUUCUCGCAGCUCAUCAAAGGCUCCACAGUUACGAGUUGUUACCAAAGGCUAUGAAGGGAAAGAUGAAUGUGGCAGUAACUUUGAACCCAACCCAGUUUGGACAUUUGGGUUCAACUUUAUAUGCUGUAGGUGUUGAUUAAUGGAUGUUGUGCUUGAUACGGACCUUUUUCUACAUCUCAAAUAAGCAAGCUUUCUUUUCUUUUUUUCUUUCUUUUUGAAAAUCACUUGAAUGAACAAAAACCUGUUAAAUCUUACGAGCAAACUAAUUCUGACUGAGUAAAAAGACGAGAAACAAAAGAGUAGGGCUGUGCAGAGGAGUAGACCACAUCUGUCUGUACCCUUCACUGACCAUGUGAUCUUGCUUGACUGCUCAAACUGACACUGUGCGGCAUUUGCUCUUGCACGCUGACAAAAAAGCAGAAAUGCACACUGACAAAAAAGCAUUUUGCUCAAGCUUUGGAUAUGUUUGCCCUCAAAGGAUUAGUCUGUUCCAGGUUAUGCAGCACAGCGUGCUGUGAAUGACCUCCCUUUAAUUACAAAGAGAGAGAGCCACCCACCAGCCUUUUGGUUCUGGUUCCUGUACCUGUUUGUCCUCAGUGUACCUCCUCAGUGUAACGUCGCUCUCUCGAUACCUCUGUGUGUUUGUCCUCUGCCCAUCACCAUCAGUUGCCUGUUGUAGUGACUCCAUGGUGCUGCUUCCCCUUUCAGCACCAGUAUAAUCUAAUCUGUAAAUAACUCUCGACUCAGCUAUGGCCAGUACAUUUUCUUAAGACCUCACUCUAACCUUCAGGUGUCAUUUUGUUUUUUCUCUCUCAGCAAACCAAAAUCACUACAUACAAGUAUUACAGUUGUACAGUUCCUCGGGUUCUACACACAUUUAAUGUGCUGGUCUUAGCUGCUCUGCUGUACCUUUUUAUGGCAUUAUUUUCUACAUGUUAGACAAUAUAUUGUGACCAUGUCCUAUGCAAAUAUGAAAAAUAACAGAUUGUUGAAUAAUGUAUGUUGUCAUAACUUGUAUGCAUGAUAUAGUGAAGUUUACAUUUGGAAAUAAAUUCAUAAAAUAAGCAGCUAAAA